AUGGCUGCCUUUGCUUUCUGGUACUUCAGACUGAAGGGUCACCAGCAGCUCUACUGGAGUAAACCAUGUAAGGGUUCUCCCUCUUGCCCAGUCUUCGCUAACUGCCAUGGUCUGAUGUGAAAAUAUAGGCUGAAAAUGUGCUGUCAAUGUUUCCAUCAGUAAUUGAAGGACAUAAGCUUCAUUAAAUUGGACUAA